AUCAUUGGGUUAGCACACACUCACUGGACUGGCUCGUCACAUUACCGAGUACCGACAGAUACUACUGACGACGUUCUACGACUUUUGUCGUCUGCAAAGAUGACCGUACUCAGUUCUUUAAAGGGUGUAGGUGUUCCCAUCGGAAAUGCCCUCCGUGCUGGAAAUUGCAUGGCGAUCAUGCAGCGAGAAAUGGGAAGUCAUGGCCCCAGGAAAAUGUACAUCACGGCUUCUCGUUGGCAGUGGCACAAAUUUAAGGAUAUGUUUCAUUUUUAUGUCAUGUUAGGGGUAAUACCACUUGGCGCUGUGGUUUUAGCCACUAAUAUUUUUGUUGGCCCUGCUCAGCUUGCACCUAUUCCAGAGGAUUACACACCAAAGCACUGGGAAUACUAUUCUCAUCCCAUCACCAGAUUCCUAGCUAGAUAUGUUUACACCAGCUAUCAGCAAGAUUAUGAAAAGUAUCUUCACUUCAUGUUUGAAGAGAAUGAAAAAAAGCAGAUGAGGCUCCUGGAGAAGAAAGUUGAAGCAGUAAUGGCUGAACGAGGAGAUAGCCAGUCUUACCACUAUCAGCCUAUUCUCACCAAGUAUCACAAAUGGGUGAGGGAAGAAUUUGAAAAGAACAGAGAAUCUAGAGGAUUUUAAAUCAUGCAAUUGUCUACUUAGCCAAUGUCCUUGAUUUAGUGUUAGUAGUAUUCUGUUUUCACAGCAUUAAUGAGAUCACCAGGAGCAAAUAGUGAGUUCAGAUUACUUAUUAAGAAAAGAUUUCUAUUAAGGAAUUGUAUUUGCGGUUUAUAUUUUGAUAGACAGCCUUCUUCACUAAAAUGGAAUCAAGGGAUUUUCUUUCUAUUUAUGUAUUGUAAAUAAAAUGUAAUUUUCUUUAA